AACCGAAGGAAGAAAAACUCAAAUAAUAAUAAUAAUAAAAGAAAACUCUUUCUUUUUGUGUUGCGUUUUCUUGGUGUCUUUGUCGAUUCUUCUUCUCAAUUAUAUUGUGCAGUUGUCUCUCUUGGCUUCACCGGUUGAAGUUUCCGGCGACCGGCGGCGGAGAUUUUGUUGUUUGUUUUUCACACCAGUUGAGAAACUUUUCAAGCGAAAAAAAAAGAAUGUUUCUUUUUGAUUGGUUCUAUGGAAUUCUGGCGUCUCUUGGUCUGUGGCAAAAGGAGGCGAAGAUUUUAUUCCUAGGGUUAGAUAAUGCUGGGAAGACCACUUUGCUUCACAUGCUCAAAGAUGAGAGAUUAGUUCAGCAUCAACCUACUCAGUAUCCAACUUCGGAGGAGUUGAGUAUUGGGAAGAUAAAGUUCAAGGCUUUCGAUUUGGGUGGCCACCAGAUUGCUCGUAGGGUGUGGAGGGACUAUUACGCUCAGGUGGAUGCUGUAGUCUACCUGGUUGAUGCAUUUGACAAGGAAAGAUUUUCAGAAUCAAAGAAGGAGCUCGAUGCUCUUCUUUCUGACGAGUCACUAGGGAAUGUGCCUUUUCUUAUCUUGGGAAAUAAGAUUGACAUACCUUAUGCUGCCUCAGAGGACGAGUUACGUCAUUAUAUGGGCCUGACUAACUUCACUACAGGCAAGGGAAAGGUGAAUUUGGCUGACUCCAAUGUUCGUCCUUUGGAGGUGUUUAUGUGCAGUAUUGUCCGCAAAAUGGGAUAUGGUGAAGGCUUUCAGUGGCUCUCUCAGUACAUUAAAUAGGGAAGUGAAAUAGACAAGUGUUUUCGGCGUUCUUGAUUAUCAUCAUACUGGUGCAGUCUCCACCUUAGCAUUGUGUAGUUUCAAAACGUCUUUGCUCAUGUAAAAAGGAUACUUUAAUGGUAGUUUUUACCUUUCUUUGUUAUGAGACAUGCUUGUUUCUAUUUUUUUUGUUUUUGUGUUGGUUGACAAGCUUAUGCUGCAGUCUAUAUCGGUUAUUAAAAUUACAGAAUUAAUAAAUGGUGGCUUGAAUGUUAUAAAUGGCUUUGUGC